AUCGGAAGUGGGGAAAUGUCCAGAACCCUCUUCACGCUGGGAUCUCUGCUCUUGUUCCAGGUGGUGGCUGGCGUAAAAUACUACCUGACCGUGGAGCUAGUGACAACACUGUGCCGGAAAAAUGGGGCAGGCCUUGGAAACGUGGACAUCAGCAAAUGCUCCUUGCCGGCAACAUCAGAGCAACUGAAACUGCACUGUGAGUUCCAGGUCUGGUCCCGUGUCUGGCUCAACGACACACGGUUGUUAUCUCAGAACUGCUCUGACUCUUGAAACUGGUCCCAUCUGAUGACUGUGAGCUGAUCUGAUACUGCCUAAAGGGUCAGAUGCUCUUCUAUUGCCGCCUCUUCUCACUAAUCAGCCAGCCACAUUCCCAUCAAGUGGGUGGGAGAUCAGAGUCUUGGAUCUCCCUCUCCCAAGUCGGUUUGGAAAUAGCUGGACCCCCUUUUCUCCUGGAGCAUUUGAUUAUUCCGUCCUGCUUAAUGACCACAUUGAAGCUCCUGGACGCUUUCUGUUGUAGCUAAGAUUUGGCAUCUCCUAUGAUGUAGGGAAUAAAAAUGAUUUAACCAUA